AUGGCCAAUCCAAGACCCAAGCGCCAGUGUGAAUGGGAGGCUGAAGUGAUUGAGUACAUCAACUAUAUCUCGGAGAAGACACGAAUACGAUCAGUGAAAACACUCACGCGACCAUGCCUGGACAGCAGGAUUCCAAUACUUGGCCCUCAUUUUCUGCCACCAUCUUACCUCCAUGCCCGAAAGCGCAAUCAAUCUGAGCCUGCAGUCAACCCAGAAGUCUUGUACUUGAAGCCUCUUCGCGUCAUACAUCCAUUCUACCACCCUGAGCUUGCAAGAUGUCCGCGAUGCGAUUCUAGGGAUGGUGUUUCGUGGGAUGGGUGGACUGGGACUGGUCCUCGGGAUGUCCAUGGAGUAAUGCUUGAUGAGGCAGCAUUAGGCAUGCAGCUCCGCUGUGAGAGUUGCAGAACUGAUCCAACAAGUAAGAAGGGCCUAGAAAGCGACUGUGAGCAUAAUGGAAAGACGCACCUCAAAGGACACUGCUUCGCAACAACGAAUCCGGACUUCUGGCGCAAUUGGUCCCAUUGGUCCAUUCCAGGUGAGCUUGAUCAAUUUUGGCUGGUGAUUGUUGAUUAG